GUUGACAGUUAUGUUAAAAAAGUGAAAAAGUUUUGCAAAUCCUCCCGAUUUUUCGUGUUUUCCACUAUUUUAGUCAAAAUUUCUGCGUUUAAACCAUGGACCUAAAACAAAUCGACGAAGAGGCCCGCCAAGCGGCCAUCAAGGAAAUAAAAAACAUGUUCCAGCGGCCGGGACAGCUGGAAAAGGUGGAACAGUAUCGGCACCGUGUCUACCGCAAAAAAGUUUCGAUCGAAGCGAUGCUGAAGACUUGCAUGCAGAACCAAACCGACGACGUGAAGGUGGGCGUGACGAAGCUGCUGGCGGCCACCGAGGACAUCAAGGAGGUGGACGAGCAAAGCAAGGCGGCCAUCGCCCAGCUGACGAACGUUCCAGCCAUUUACGACGCGCUCGAGGCGGUUCGGGAUGAGAAUGCGAAACACUCGCAGUACAUGACGGCGAUGGAGAAUUUGAAGCACAUCUUUACGGUGCAGUCAAGUGUGGCGAAGACGAUGCAGUGGAUCGAGGAGGACAAGCUGCUGCACGCGCACCAGUGUCUGUCGGAUUUGGAAAAUUCCCGGGAUGAUUUGCUGUUUGAGCUGCACAAAUUACCGAAGCAAAAUGCGCAUGAUAAAAUUACGCUGAAGCGGUACUUUGAGAAGGUCGAGACGGUUUCGGCGACGUUGGAGAAGAAGAUUCGGUUGAUAUUGCAGCGCACACUGAAUACUGUGCGGAAGGAACCGACGGUGAUUGUGACGGCGUUGCGGAUAAUUGAGCGCGAAGAGAAGGCGGACGCGUUUGCGCUGCAGCAGCAGAAGCAAAGUGGGUUUAUUCCGCCGGGGAGGCCGAAGGAGUGGCGCAAGAAGGCGCUGGAGGUGCUGAAUGAAAGCGUGGUGCAGCGGAUUGAGGGAUCGAAGCUGGAGGAACGAGCGGAUAACAAGUUGUGGCUGGUGCGGGAUUUGGAGCUGACGCGGCAGUUUGUGCUGGAGGAUUUGCGCGUGGUCAAGUCGUUGUGCGUGCCGUGCUUUCCGCCGCAUUUUAACAUUCUGAAGGAGUACGUCAGCAUGUACCACAAUGCGCUGUCGAAAUAUCUGGAAGAGCUCAUCCAGAUGGGUCUCGAAGGCAACGAGUUUGUGACCAUUCUGUCCUGGAUCAUGAACACUUACCCGGGGCGGGAGCUCAUGCAGCACCCGGAUCUGCAGAUCGAUCUGGCCGACGUUGGUCCGCUUGUUAGCGUGCAGGUGCUCAAAGAGAUGGAGACGGCCUAUCUGCGCACGAUGGAAAGGAACUACCAGGACUGGAUGACGAAAACGCUGGAAACGGAAAAGGCGGACUGGAUCAAUGGCGUUCCGGCGGAUUCGGCGGACCAGUAUUACCACACUUCGGCACCGGUUAUCAUAUUCCAGAUGAUUGAUCAGAAUCUGCAAGUUACGAACACGAUCCACUCGGAUUUGACGUUUAACGCGUUGAUUUUGAGCAUCCAGCAGGUGAUCAAGUACGGGCACAACUAUCGUGGUGCGAUCAUCGAGUACAAGGAAAGGCACUUCCGGGAUCGUAGCCAGGCGCCGUUCUUUACGCAGCAUAUCAUUACGAUCGUCAACAAUUGUGCCCAGAUGAUCGAGCUGGCGCAGCAGAUGAAGCAGCUUUACUGGCCCAAGUCGAAGCCUCAGCAUUACGAGGAGUUUAGCCGACUGUUGGACACUUACCAGAAGCUGCGGGAUGAAGCUGGUCUGUUUCUGCUGGAGGAAGCGUUUCUGGAUCUGGAGGUUCACUUUAACGAUCUGUUUACGGUUAAAUGGGUUGGCACGUCGGUUUCAGUCGAUACGAUCUGCGUCACGCUCGAGGAUUACUUCCAGGACUACAACCACCUGCGCUCGACAAACUUUGAGUACGUAAUCGGCGAGGCCCAGCGCAUGGUCGCCAAGCGGUACAUCCGGGCAAUGCUGUCGAAGCGCCUCAGCAAACCUCGGCAGGAGUGUGAAAUCCUAGCGAAAAAGAUCGUCAAAGAGACCAAGCAAAUAAAGGUGUUCUUCGAGAAGGUGGCGCCGAACGUUUCCUCGAGUGAUUCCCCGAUCGAUGUCAUUUCCAACCUGGCCUCGUUGCUUUCGUGUGACGCCGAAAUGUUGGUGCUGGAUCUGCACACGCUGCUGUCGAGCUAUCCGUCGCUGACGGAGGAUCACGUGGUGCGGUUGUUCUACCUGAGGAGCGAUUUUAAGGCCAACGAGGUCAAGGAAAAGGUGCACGACGCGAUCGUGUCCAAGAAGACGACGGUGAGCCACGACAAGCAGGACAGUAUCUUCAAGGAGAUUGUGUUUUCGGAUAAAAUUAUAUGGUCUAGCAAGUAAA